AUGUAUGCGGCAAAGAGGAUCAUAUGUCUCCAAAAUGCCAGACAGACUGCUACCAGAGAGUCAACGGAAACAUCCGAAACACUAUACAGACUGCUACCAAAGAUCCAAUGGAAAAAUCCUGAUCAAUUUGUUGAUUAUGGGAAGAAGCUUAAUCUGAAUCAGAUUGGAGCAACUGUCCCAGCUACAGUUACAGCUACAGUUCCUGGAGCUUCUCCAUCCACAAGUGGAGCAUCGAGUGUUGCAGGAAGUGUUAACACACCUUUGCAACUUGCUGGUACUACAGGUAAUCAGAUGAUGCAAGUUCCUUCAAGAAUGCAGCUCAUGCAGAUUCCAACUCUAGGUGGCGGCACUGUGACUGUCCCUAACUCAAUGAAUGCUAAUGGCAAAAUUGCGUUCAGUGGAAUGCAACUCGGCCAUCAAGGUUCCAGUGCUGCUCAAGUGCGCCAAGGAUUGGAUGCAACUCAAGCUCAAACUCCGCAGGUUGUGAAGACUGGCUAUCUUGUUCUGCCAAAUGUCUUCUACAAUGCUAUCAAGGGAAAGGAUGAGAAUGGCAAUGAUUUCUAUCUUAUUCCAUGUCCUGCUGGGACGUCAAAUUUCAAACUUCAACCCAACCGAAGGAGCUUCUACGGUCCCAAUACCUUGGGCCAGUUCUAUGAGAGGAAUGAAUUCCCAAUCACACUUCAUCGUCUUGACUUGAAAGCCUGCCUUGUUGUAGCAGCAGAAUAUUGUAUCCAAUGCUUCAAAUACAGCAGGGUCAGUCUUCAGGUUCUGCAUGGGAAUACAUGA